GGGCGAUGGGGCUGGGCUGAGGCGAGGCGGUGCGGCGGCGGCGACAGCGGCGGGCCGCGCGGCCCCGGUCCCCGGCCCCGGGCACGGCCCCCGGCGGCCACUGGGCUGCUCCAGCCGGGAGGCCGCGGAGGAGACGGCGCUGCGGCGGCCGAUCUGACAGAAACAUCUUUGACUCUUGGUGUCUGGACAUAGGAGAGCCAGCUUUUGAAAGCUCUGCUAACAUCAGCAAUUGGAAGGAAUAAUUAUAGUGCAAUUGUUGUCUUCAACUGUUCUAGAGUACAAGACCUUUUAAAUCACUGUAGAUAUGGACAAAGAAGAAAGGAAGACUAUCAACCAGGGUCAAGAAGAUGAAAUGGAAAUUUAUGGCUAUAAUUUGUGUCGCUGGAAGCUCGCUGUAGUUUCUGUAGGAGUGGUUUGCACUGGUGGCUUUCUCCUCCUCCUCCUCUAUUGGAUGCCUGAGUGGCGGGUGAAGGCAACCUGUAUUAGAGCUGCAAUCAAAGACUGUGAAGUGGUGCUGCUGAGGACUACUGAUGAAUUCAGAAUGUGGUUUUGUGCAAAAAUUCGCUUGCUUUCUCUGAAAACUCAUCAAUUUUCGAGUCCAAAAUCUAUGGCUAAUAAGAUUUCAAAUGGCCAUUCUGUUCUUUUAACUGAAAAUCUGGCUGAAGAGAACAGGCAUGAGAUAAGUAAAUAUUCACAGACACAAUCAGAACAGAUUCGUUAUUUCACCCACCAUAGUGUAAAAUAUUUCUGGAAUGAUACGCUUCACAAUUUUGAUUUCUUAAAGGGACUGGAUGAAGGUGUUUCUUGUACGUCAAUUUAUGAAAAGCAUAGUGCAGGACUGACAAAGGGGAUGCAUGCCUACAGAAAAUUGCUUUAUGGAAUAAAUGAAAUUUCUGUGAAAGUGCCUUCUGUUUUUAAGCUUCUAAUUAAGGAGGUUCUCAACCCAUUUUACAUUUUCCAGCUGUUCAGUGUUAUACUGUGGUGCACUGAUGAAUACUAUUACUAUGCUCUAGCCAUUGUGAUUAUGUCUGUAGUAUCAAUUCUAAGUUCUCUAUAUUCCAUUAAAAAGCAAUAUAUCAUGUUGCAUGACAUGGUGGCAGCUCACAGUACUGUGAGAGUUUCAGUUUGCAGAGUAAAUGAAGAAAGAGAAGAGAUCUUUUCUACAGAACUUGUGCCGGGAGAUGUUAUGGUCAUUCCAUUAAAUGGGACUAUCAUGCCUUGUGAUGCAGUACUUAUUAAUGGUACUUGCAUUGUAAAUGAAAGCAUGUUAACAGGAGAAAGUGUUCCAGUGACAAAGACGAAUUUGCCAAAUCCAUCAGUGGACAUAAAAGGAACGGGAGAUGAAUUAUAUAGUCCAGAAAUACAUAAACGACAUACUUUGUUUUGUGGGACUACUGUUAUUCAAACUCGUUUCUACACUGGAGAACUUGUCAAGGCCAUAGUAGUUAGAACAGGAUUUAGUACUUCCAAAGGACAGCUUGUUCGUUCCAUAUUGUAUCCCAAACCAACAGAUUUUAAACUCUACAGAGAUGCCUACUUGUUUCUUCUGUGUCUUGUGGCGGUGGCUGCCAUUGGGUUCAUCUACACUAUUAUCAAUAGCAUUUUAAAUGAGGUGGAGAUUGGAGUAAUAAUUAUUGAGUCUCUUGAUAUCAUUACAAUCACUGUGCCACCUGCACUUCCUGCUGCAAUGACUGCUGGCAUUGUGUAUGCUCAAAGAAGAUUGAAAAAAAUUGGUAUUUUCUGCAUCAGUCCCCAAAGGAUAAAUAUAUGUGGACAGCUGAAUCUUGUUUGCUUUGACAAGACUGGAACUCUUACUGAAGAUGGUUUAGAUCUUUGGGGGAUUCAACGAGUGGAAAAUACACGUUUUCUUUUGCCAGAAGAAAAUGUUUGCAAUGAGAUGUUGGUAAAGUCUCAGUUUGUUGCUUGUAUGGCUACUUGCCAUUCACUCACAAAAAUUGAAGGAGUGCUUUCUGGUGAUCCACUUGAUUUGAAAAUGUUUGAAGCCAUCGGAUGGAUUCUGGAAGAAGCAACUGAAGAGGAAACAGCACUUCAUAAUCGAAUUAUGCCAACUGUGGUUCGCCCUCCAAAACAACUACUUCCCGAAUCUACACCUGCAGGAGACCAGGAAAUGGAGCUGUUUGAACUUCCAGCUAUUUAUGAGAUAGGAAUUGUUCGCCAGUUCCCAUUUUCUUCUGCUUUGCAACGUAUGAGUGUGGUUGCAAGGGUGCUUGGGGAUAAAAAAAUGGAUGCCUACAUGAAAGGAGCACCUGAGGUCAUUGCCAGUCUUUGUAAACCUGAAACAAUUCCUCUUGAUUUUGAAAAUGUUUUAGAAGAUUACACUAAACAGGGCUUCCGUGUAAUUGCUCUUGCACACAGAAAAUUGGAGUCAAAGCUGACAUGGCAUAAAGUACAGAACAUUAGCAGAGAUGCCAUUGAAAACAACAUGGAUUUUAUGGGAUUAAUUAUAAUGCAGAACAAAUUAAAGCGAGAAACCCCUGCAGUACUUGAAGAUUUGCAUAAAGCCAAUAUUCGCACUGUCAUGGUCACAGGUGACAACAUGUUGACUGCUGUCUCUGUGGCCAGAGACUGUGGGAUGAUACUACCUCAGGAUAAAGUUAUUAUUGCUGAAGCAUUACCUCCAAAGGAUGGAAAAGUUGCCAAAAUAAACUGGCAUUAUGCAGACAGUCUAACACAGUGCAGUAAUUCAUCAGCAAUUGACUCGGAGGCAAUUCCAAUUAAAUCAGUCCAUGAUAGCUUAGAGGAUCUUCAGGUGUCUCGCUAUCAUUUUGCAAUGAAUGGAAAAUCAUUUUCAGUGAUACUGGAGCAUUUUCAAGACCUUGUUCCAAAGUUGAUGUUGCACGGCACUGUGUUUGCUCGUAUGGCACCUGAUCAGAAGACACAAUUAGUAGAAGCAUUGCAAAAUGUAGAUUACUUUGUUGGGAUGUGUGGUGAUGGUGCAAAUGAUUGUGGUGCUCUAAAGAGGGCACAUGGAGGCAUUUCUUUAUCAGAGCUUGAGGCUUCAGUGGCAUCUCCCUUUACCUCCAAAACACCUAGUAUUUCCUGUGUGCCAAACCUCAUCAGGGAAGGCCGUGCUGCUUUAAUGACUUCCUUCUGUGUGUUUAAAUUUAUGGCUUUGUACAGCAUUAUACAAUACUUCAGUGUUACUCUACUGUACUCCGUCUUAAGUAACCUAGGAGACUUCCAGUUUCUCUUCAUUGAUCUGGCAAUCAUUUUGGUAGUGGUAUUUACAAUGAGUUUAAAUCCUGCCUGGAAGGAACUUGUGGCACAGAGACCACCUUCAGGUCUCAUAUCGGGGGCCCUUCUCUUCUCCGUUUUGUCUCAGAUCAUCAUCAGCAUUGGAUUUCAGUCUUUGGGUUUUUUUUGGGUCAAGCAGCAACCUUGGUAUGAAACAUGGCAUCCACAUUCAGAUGCUUGUAAUACAACGGGAAGUCUUUAUGGGAAUUUCUCACAUUUGUUCAAUGAAACCGAAGAUGAUCCACAUAAUAUACAAAAUUAUGAAAAUACCACAGUGUUUUUUAUCUCCAGUUUUCAGUACCUCAUAGUGGCAAUUGCCUUUUCAAAAGGAAAACCUUUCAGGCAACCUUGCUACAAGAAUUAUCUUUUUGUUUUGUCUGUGAUUAUUUUGUAUGUUUUCAUAUUAUUCAUCAUGUUGCAUCCAGUUGCCCCUAUUGACCAGGCUCUUCAGAUUGUGUGUGUACCAUAUCAAUGGCGUAUAACUAUGCUCAUCAUUGUUCUUGUAAAUGCCCUUGUAUCUAUCCUGGUGGAGAACUUCUGCCUUGACAUGGUCCUUUGGAAAGUUGUGUUCAAUCGAGACAGACAAGGAGAGUAUCGCUUCACCACCACACAGCCAGCACAGGAGUCAGUGGAUUACUGGGGGAAAUGCUGCUUGUCCUGUGCCCUGGACUGUAGAAAGAAGAUGCCGAAAGCAAAGUACAUGUAUCUGGCUCAAGAGCUCUUGGUUGACCCAGAAUGGCCACCAAAACCCCAGACGACAACAGAAGCUAAAACUUUAGUUAAAGAAAAUGGAUCAUGUCAAAUCAUCACCAUUACGUAGCAGCGCAUCAGUCUUGGUGGGAUGUUAGUAGCAGUAUUGAACAGAAUGUAAUUUAGGACUUUCUGAUCCUGUGUGUCAGAUGGCAUCAUUUCAAUCUGUGUUCUUUCUGAUAUAGUAGGUGAUUUCAGAGCUUUUUUAAAAAACAAAAGAAACCAGAAUAAAAGAUUGGCAUGCCAGCUAAAUUAAUAAUCAAUCUGUGAAGUCCUCUUUCUUCAGUAACUCUGAAUAUUGUAUUUCCACAGUUUUCUUGAUUGUUACCCUCAGUAAUACUCUUUACUAAUAUAUAGGUAUAUAGGGUAUAGAAGAAAGUAGGUAUUUGGUAGGGUUUUAGACAUUAGCCUUUGAGACUUAGUUUACAUCUUUAAAUUUAUUUUCACAACUCUUAGAAAAGGCCCUAAAUCUAUGAUUAGCCUCUAGUGAAAAUAGUUAAAAAGCCUGUUUUCAUUUGAUUCCAACAUUUCUUCCAAAGAAUUAUAUAUACACUCACCAGAUUCCUUUGAUAGUCUAGAGUUAGGAGUAAGUUUAAUGGUGUUGCUUAUAGAACAACUCAGGUAAUUUCCACUUACAAUUUUAUAUUUUCUGCACAAACUGCCUGGGUUUUAUUUUUUUAAUCAGCAAGGUGCUUCACUGUCUGUCUUUGGAGAUGUCCCUCAAAACAAUGUGUUUGUGUGUUGUCUGGUGUCAGUAGUGUAAUUUGCUUUAGUUAAAUGUAAACUUUUUUCAUUAAGAAAAAUAUUUCUUUUGGUAAUAGAUGUGGAUCUAUCUUUUUGAUAUCUCUCCAUAUCUGUUUUUUCCUCCCUCUCAAGUUUUAUAUUAUUUUAAAUGUCUUUUAUUUUCUGCUUUUUUAAUUUUCUAAAGACAUUGUAUAGUAGUGAGCAGCUUUUUUUUUUUUAGUUAGAUUUUUGCCUUCUAAAAUCUUGAAUAUUUGAUGUAUGUCUAUCCUAUCAAUAAUAAGGCUUAAAAAAUGAGCGAUUUUGAACAACUGCUGAAUUUGUUCAAAGCAGAAUGAACUUGGCGAGAGUUUGUUUUAUGCCAUUAGGUGGCACUAGAGAUCAGAGUUUAUUUUGGAUUGGAUGUUUACAAAUGAACAUAUUUUGGUGAUGGCAUUUUCUGGGAGAAAAGAAAAAUGGAAAUAAAGUUAAAGAAUAGACAUUAAUUGAAUCAAAAGAAAUGUGAAUAAUAUUUUUCACUUUUCUGUUUUGCCUAGUUAAAGCUUAAAUUCUAAACAAAAUAAAAGUAACUUUAAAAAUGCCUUUAUAGGUAAGAUCCAGUAGUUUGACAAAGCCCACAGUUAUGGAUAAACAAGGAAACUGAUACUGUUGUAAAAUGGACACUAAACUUCUAAAAGUAUGUGAUAUUAUCCUGUGUUCUUCCUUAACCAAUAGCAUGUGUAUACUGUUCACUUCUAGCUGGUCAUUAUUUUCCUGAUCUGUACUUACCAAUUUACCAAAUGUUACCCAGAACUGUAGAAUCAAAUGAUUCUCAUUUUUUUUUGUGGUGCAGAGAUAUGAAUGAUGUUUGGUAACUAUAGAAAAAUGUAAGUUACACUCAGGAUCACUGUUAUUGCUAUUGCCACCGAUGAUCCUCACA